CAUUCCGACUCUCCCGUUCCCCCCGUCGGUUCACCGGGGAACUGAUGAAGAGGCGGUUUGUUGGAGGACAGCGAAGUUUUCACAAAAAACAUACAGACUGCCCACCUGUGAGCACACAUGGUUGCUUCAUAUCAAAUGCACCUGGUGAUCCACUCAUUAAUUAAUCUACCACCCACUUCAACGUUAAAUGUCAUGGAGUAUAAAGGAAGACGACAACUCUCACACCCAGAUCAAAGUGAGAGACAUGCACCCAACAACAUGGACCAGCUUGCUUUCAAAUACAUGGAUAUGUGUAAAGUGGAGUCCAGCACCGAUUCUGAAUCUGAGAUCAGUCCAAGAUGGUCGGACACGAGCACAAUGGGAUGUUCAAGCAGUGCACCAGAGAGUCGGACGUUCAGUAGGACAUUACCAUUAACCCAAAAGCCUGCAGUAAGGCACGGCUGUGAUUCUUUGUUUUUGGACCCAUACGAUGGAAGCUCUGAAGAUUCUGACGAGUCAAAUAUCGAUGGGGGCGUCACGGGCAGGCGAACACGGCAUCAGGGAAGAGGUGGUGGAGGAGGAGGAGGAGGAGGAGGAGGAGGAGGGGGGAGUCGUUUUUUCUGCAGGAGCAGGAGAUAUAUCCUUCACCACCCGGCCUCUGUCGCUCUUAGAGAAGUGCUGAAAAGCGGGGUGAGAAAUCCUGUGACCGAGCAGCAACAUCUUGGGGACGUCCCGAUGAAAUGCGGGAGUGACUCCAGCCUGUGGGUCUGUGAGCUCGACGUCGACAGGAAUGCUUGUAGAGAUCUCGGGGAUAAAACAGCCAUAGGUUCAACUAUUCCCUCCCAAGCCAUGGACAUAGAGUUGCAUUGCCAAUUCGACGACUCGGGCUUACACUCUACAACAUCCUCCACGCCUCAAACGCCCGGACCCUCAGCGGACGGGGUGAUGUCCCAGAUCCAGCAGAGUUCCUCAGAGAGGUCCCCCGGCCCCUGUAACCUCAAGUCCCUUUACAAGAGAAAGCUGGGACUCACCGGAGCGGAGGUGAUGGAGCAAAGGAAGAGGCUGUGUGUGAGCAACAUGGAGGACUCUGCAUCUGAACCAUGUUAGCACCAUGUAAACAUGGAGGGGACGAGAGAAAGACUGCUGACAUAUUCAGAAGCCUCACAAGCAUGAAAUGUAGAAUAAAAUACUAUAAAUAGUUACUGUGGUGCACUUUGUUUCUCAUCUAUAGAGGGACAUGAGUUCUUUUGAGUGUCUCAGGUGUCACACCGUUCAGAUUAUAACUUUCAUCUGUUCAAUUUGAUGGCAGAUUACCAUGGUAACGUAAGUGUACAUAAACAAAACACUGUAUGCACUUCUAAUGAAGCACCUGUAUAUUUCCCCAAAUAAAUAAAGAAAUCUGAAGAAUAAAAAA